GCCGUUGGCCUUGCUUGCAUCUUUCUCUCUCUCUCUCUCUUUCUCUUUCUCUUUCUCUCUCCAUAUGCGUAUUAAAAAGCCAAGAAAGCCACUAACACUCAGCAACAACACAACACACACACACAUAGCUACAUAAGAAGCAACCCAAAGCCUCCUCCUCUCUCUCUCUCUCUCUCUCUCUCAUUCAUUCAUUCAUGGAAGAAGAACGGGUGGUGGUGUGGUUGUCGUGGGUGAAGGUGGUGUCGUUGAGUUGCGUAGUGGUGUUGGUGGCGCUGAGGGUGGCAGUGCUCCUAUGGUGGAGACCUAUGAGGAUUCAAGCCCAUUUCUCAAGACAAGGAAUCAGAGGACCCCCUUAUCGCUUCUUCAUUGGUAACGUGAAGGAGUUAGUCUCCAUGAUGCUCAAGGCUUCUUCUCAACCCAUGCCUUUCUCUCACAACAUUCUCCCUCGCGUCCUCUCCUUCUACCAUCACUGGAAGAAAAUCUAUGGUGCAACAUUCAUAGUAUGGUUUGGACCGACUGUUCGACUUACGGUGUCUGAUCCAGACCUUAUCCGUGAAAUCUUCACAUCCAAGUCAGAAUUGUAUGAGAAAAACGAAGCUCCCCCGCUUGUGAAGCAGCUUGAAGGCGAUGGACUCCUGAGCCUGAAAGGAGAGAAGUGGGCUCACCACCGCAGAAUCAUCUCUCCCACUUUUCACAUGGAAAAUCUCAAGCUGUUGAUACCGGUGAUGGGAACAAGCGUGGUUGAGAUGUUGGAGAAGUGGUCGGAAAUGGGGGAGAAAGGUGAGGUGGAGAUCGAAGUUUCCGAGUUGUUUCAGAGCUUAACGGAAGACGUUAUUACCAGGACAGCAUUCGGAAGCAGCUACGAAGAUGGCAAAGCCAUUUUUCGCCUUCAAUCCCAACAAAUGCUCUUAGCCGCCGAUGCUUUUCAAAAAGUCUUCAUUCCCGGUUACAGAUUUUUUCCAACAAGGAGGAAUAUAAAAUCAUGGAAAUUGGAGAAGAAGAUAAGGAAAUCGUUGGUGAGGCUGAUAGAGAGGAGGAGAGAGAGCAAUAGUGGUAGUGAAGGGGCGAAGGACUUGUUGGGGCUGAUGAUAGAAGCGUCGAUGGGGAAGGGAAAGAAUGGGAAUAGUGUGAGUGUGACGGUCGAUGACAUAGUGGAGGAGUGCAAGAGCUUCUUCUUUGCGGGGAAACAAACCACAUCCAACCUGCUGACGUGGACAACCAUCCUCCUGGCUAUGCACCCACACUGGCAGGUGCAGGCACGUGACGAGGUCCUCUCUAUGUGUGGAUCACGUGACCUCCCCACCAAGGACCAUGUUGUCAAGCUCAAGACGCUGAGCAUGAUUGUGAACGAGUCCCUAAGGCUAUACCCACCCACAAUAGCCACCAUAAGGCGGGCAAAAGCUGACGUGGACUUGGGUGGUUACAAGAUACCACGUGGGACAGAGCUCUUGAUUCCAAUCCUGGCCGUCCAUCACGAUCAGGCAAUAUGGGGCAACGACGUCAACGAAUUCAAUCCUGGCCGUUUCUCGGAAGGCGUUGCCCGAGCAGCAAAGCAUCCAGUGGCCUUCAUUCCUUUCGGUCUAGGUGUGCGCACAUGCAUCGGACAAAACCUCGCCGUUUUACAAACAAAACUAGCCCUUGCAAUCAUACUCCAGCGUUUUAGUUUCAGGUUGGCCCCAAAUUAUCAACACGCACCAACGGUCCUCAUGCUUCUCUAUCCUCAGUAUGGGGCCCCCAUCCUAUUCCACCGUCUCCCCAAAACCGAUCAUCAAGAUCAACGCUUGUGAUUCACUUGUGGCUUUCCAUGUAUCCUGUAUGUGUGCAAGCUUGUGUAGAGUAUUAACUAUUAAGUAUAUAAUGUUGCCUUCAAUUUAGGGACCAAAUUAGCCCUCCCUUGUGGCUUUUUUCUCUCUAAAAUAUAUAAAUAUAUGUGUAGAGUUGAGAGAGAUGUGUGGUUAGCAAAAUUACGGUGGUGCCCUCUCCCUGUUUAUCUACAAAAAUACUGACUCUAGCAUGUGAGCUUUGGUUUCGUUAUUGGCCAAGUGUCUUAUGCCAAUUCAAAAUGUAGCUAGUGUGAGUGAGUUAUAGGACUAAACUAGUAGGUGGCUAACAAUUCCCUAGAGGUACUUAACAUGUGUAUCUUGUGCAUAUUUUUUUUUAUAUAUUUUUCCUUUCCUUUU